AUGGUAGUGGCACACGCAGGGGUGGUUGCCUUCAACAUUGGGGCGUUUGUCUCCUCGCUGUUCCUACUCGAAUUCGGAGCCGACAAGUUUAUCGCGCACACCUCUAUUGUCGCGGCGCGUAUUAAAAUCUCAGAAGUCAUCAUCGGACUCGUCACCGCCGGUGCCGAAUGGGAAGAGUUGGCGGUUGUGGUCGGGUCUCUUGCCCAGGGCCGAUCGUCCUUGGCGCUGGGCAACGUCAUCGGGGCCGCCAUCUCCAAUAUCCUGGGCGCCUUUUCCCUCGGCCUCUUGUUCUACGGCCAGGGAGAGGUUGUCGGGUUUGACAGAAGCUCGCGCAUCUACUCGCUCCUGCUGCUUGUCUUGACGACCGCGGUGACGCCCCUCGUCUAUUGGUCGGCCGCGAUUACCUGGCUCGCGGGAGGCAUCGUCCUCAUUGCUGCAUUUGUGGUCUACUUCCUGCUGAUAGCAGUUGCGAUUGGUAAAGGAGUCCUCACAGCCCCGGCAGAUUCGGACAGUGAUAGCGACGACGACGACGACGACGACGAUGAUGACGCCAAUUCCGUGUCAAGCAGGACUACGUUGCUCAACGACGGCACCACCGCACGCCAAAGCCGACGCCGACACGGCCUCGGCUACCACGCGCUCUACCUCGUAUCCGGGUUCCUCGCCAUCUGUCUCGCAGGUUAUAUCCUGUCUCAAGCCGCAACCAACAUCACGGAUGAGCUCGGCAUGUCUGAUAUUCUCUUCAGCGUUGUAAUCCUUGCCAUUGCCACCACUCUGCCUGAGAAAUUCAUUGCCGUCAUGAGUGGCUCCCGAGGGCAUCCGGGCAUCCUCGUCGCAAACUGCGCCGGCAGUAACAUAUUCCUGUUGUCGCUCUGUUGUGGUAUCAUCAUGGUCGGCACGCGCGGCGCCUUGGAUAAGGGAACUGUGACGAUUGCAGAGCUGUCGGUUCUGUGGCUGUCAACAGUCGCAUUUACAGCCACUGUCUGGUUUGGCGGCAGCUAUGCCCGGUGGAUUGGUGUUGCUAUGCUCGCUAGCUACGUUGCGUUUAUUAUCUUGGAGUUCACCGUCAUACACGCGAUAUAG